ACUAAGGCCAGCGGUACUAUUAAGAAUAACAAACAUAUCCCUGAACAAUCCGCUGACACCCAGCCUAUCAGCAGCGUCGCACCUCACCGCAUGCAAGAGAUGAUCAACAUGGGUUUACCGGCCAAUGCUCCACGUUAUAAUCUCACCACGUUUAACAACGCCGACGAUCCGCCGCAUAACAAGGACACGAACAUGAGCACAGCCUCUAUUACUCAAGGUGCCAAUAAUCAACGAGCUUUCUUUAGUAUGCUGAAUCCCGACAUGCAUGGCGUACAAUUGAACAAUAUCAACAACCCUCGGCUUAAUUUCAGUGCCGCCAGCCAGUCUACUGGCAUGUCGCAGGGUUUGAUGUCCGGUACGGCUGGAGCGCCGCUUCAACAGGUCCCGAAUGUCGCCAACAAUCCUCGCAAUGCUACCAACAUCACAGAACCUGGUGUUCACGCUAUGGUAUAUCAGGCUACCAUUCCGGCUGCCAUUCAGCGGGGUAUGGGUCACUACAAUGGUAUCAAUCUCAAUGAAGUAGACUUCAUGUCUCUCUGGCAACCCGCCCAACCACAGUCCCAACUUAUUCUUCCUGACGGCACGGUCUUCGAUCCCAACAACUACAUCGAUACCAUCAACGUCACUGUUCGCGAGGCCUUCCGAAAUCCGCGGAACCCCAUCUACGCUCGGGAGGGCAUCACCGGCCUCAGCCGCCAACAAAUCCACGAGCGUCACAGGGCCCAGGCCAAAUUCUGGCAGGUCAUGUGCACCGAUGAGCUUUUCAAAAAAGGAAUGAGCGGGAACUUUGUCAUCACUCGCAAGUACUUGCUCACACUGAGCCAGUGUGAUACGAACACUACAUAUACCUUGUCGCAGUGGGAUGCUACCUGGAUGCCUUGUCCUAACGAAGAGCUCCGAUGGGGCUGGGUCACCUCAGCUGGCGAUAUCUUCGACACGUCCGGCAUGGAGCUUAUCGAUAUGCAGGCUGUCUUCGAUCACCACCUCAGCUCCUGUAACUGGGACUACGAGACCAUGAUGAACGCUGGCACUCGUGUCUCUGCUCCGGGUAUGGUUUCUUCUAGCACUUACUGCGCCAACGAAGAUGAUAGCAAGGGCAACGACGAUGAGGAUCAGGAUCACAGCAUGAACAACGAUGAUGAUGAUCACAGCAUGGCCGACCAUGAGGACGCUGUUGACUCUUCGCUGCUCAAGCAGAGCCCUUCAUCCGAGGAGUGGCAGGACUCCGAUGGCUCGAGCUACAAGGAUGAGCCUCUGUAGUCUUCACUGAAGCCUAUGAUAUGUUAUCUCAAACAUGCUUUGCCGACACAUCAUCACGCAAAU